GUGAUUCUGUUUCUGCCCCAUCGCUCAUUAUUCUAUUACCACCCGCGCAUAUUAGCCAUACUUUUUCUUUAGUGAUUCCCUUUUUUGCGUCUCCUUUUCGUUCCCCUGGAUCCGAUCUGCGUGCAAGAAUUCGAAUCAGUAUGUGUAAACUAAAUUUUCAUCCUCUCUGACAUGAUUGUGGAUGCGCUUUCGUUUGUGUAAGACCAUUUAUUAUCUGGAGGUCCUCAUGAUGUUGGUGAAAAGCCGUUCAUUUGUGAAAGCGAAGAUAGGUAGUUACCGAGUUCGGUUGAAAAGUAAAUUUUGGUUUCCUCCUGAAUAAGUAGAAGCAUAGAUACUCUACGAUGGGUUCUACAGCUGUGAUGCGGCCUGGAGAGCAGGUCGUUCCGCAGCCGGCGGUCGGGAUCUUGAGCUCGAUCAAGCAGAGCGCUCGGGAGUCCUAUCGCCCGUCGGCACCGAGUUCGCGAGACACUUCUUCAAAGGACCGCGACGCAAGCGAAGCCCGGUUCACGGAGCGAGGCGCAGGAGCCGGCACAUCCCUGUACGCGGUCACCGAAGUAGAGCCAAGGACCAGCGCAGUAGUAAGCAGGGUUCGCACCGUGGAUAGUGCGGAGAGCGAGCACGGUAGUACCCCAACGAAGAGCCCAAUCAUGCCAAAUCAGGAAUCAGCAAUGAGUCUCCUACCCGGGUCGCCCGUGAAGAAAGUAGACUCGUCCACGUCCCUCCGUAUCUACGGCGGGGAAAACUCCCUGGCCGCGUUGCUGAAGAAGCAAGUGCUGACCAGCCUCGUGGCCUCGGUUUGCGCGGAGCUGGCGACCUAUCCCCUCGAGACGGUGAAAUUGAUGCAGCAAGUCCGUGGCGGUUCUGCCAUGCGGAUCAUCACGGGGCUUCUGAAGAGCGGGGGGCUGCGCGCGCUGUACCACGGAACGCAGGCCCGGUUGCUGCAAACGGUGCUGUCCAACGUGGGUUUCUUCCUGUGGCAGGCGAUCUUGCAAGAGGACGAUGCGACCUGGGUCAGGAAGCUUUUGCUCAAUAUGGGGGCGCAACAGAUCACCCGUGUGUUUACCAUGCCCCUGGAAGUGGUUGCGAACAUAAAUCAGUCGGACCCGAAGUCCGGGGGCGCGUUGCGCGUCAUUAACCGGGUCUAUCGCGAAGACGGCAUUUGCGGCUUCUGGAAGGGGCUUGGCAUCUCAUUAGUGCUCAGCUUAAAUCCGGCGUUGAUGUUCACGUUGGUUGACAAGCUGACCGCACUUUUGAAGAAGUUCGCCAACGCAGAGUCGGUGUCGGCGGGGCAGAUGUUUCAGGUAUUGUUUUGAUUAUUCGGGUGCUAGCUUAGACUGCUUGCCUCGGCACUUUCAGACAGAUUUAGUGCUCCGAACGACAGCAUUGAUGAUUUCUACUUCUGCGUAAUAGAUACAACCAACUUACUUUUGCCGGAAAAAACAGAUCUCGGCUGUUGCGAAAAUGAUCGCCACGCUUCUCACCUACCCCCUGAUUCGGAUGAAGACGGUGAUGCAAACGAGCAAGAGUUCCGGCGACAGCGCGCCGAUGAUGUUUCUGAAGAUGUACCAACAGGAGGGCCUCCGCGGCAUGUACCAGGGUGUGUGGGUGUUGUCCUACAAAACCGUGCUCUUCAACGCGUUACUGAUGGCGGUAAAAGAGCGCGUUUCCAAAGCGUAUAACGAAUAUCUGAGAAAGCCGUUGCCGAUGGGCAUUAUCCAGUCCGCGGAUAGUACACUGCCCAUGAAGCCGGCGGAACUGCCGUUCAACGUCGCGUCGCCCGACGCGAACCCGCAGGACGAAGGACAAGGCUCACAGGUUCCUUUGAUAGAAUCGAUGCUCAUAAUUUUUGUGGUCACCUGCUGACGUGUAGAAGGAGUCGUCUGCGACGUUUCACGUUGUCUAAGUAAUGAGAUACACAUAGAUCUGAUCAAACUCAAAGCUGUAUGUACUAAAUCCAAAUUCAACACCGCAGGUUGAGGCUCUCCUCGCCGAGUAUCCUUGGGAAGCGCGAGCCCAUGGGAAGUCCGUUAUCUACGUCGCGGGCGCUUGGGCGUUUCUUCACCCGAGUCAUCAACAUUUGCUGAAUGAAGCCAAAUCCCGCGGGCACCACAUCUGCGUCGGCGUCCACGACGGGCGAACGCGCAUCAACAAUCACGCCAAAGCGCCGGAGGAGAAGUUUGAAACGCGGCUGGAGAGGAUACGACAAGUUAAGGGGGUGCACUCUCUGGUGAAGCGAGCGCCGUGGGAGAUCGACGAAGACUUCAUCAACAGACUCGGAAUUACAAAGGUAUAGUGCGAUAAAGAGAUUUAUUUCUUGCAACGCUGCUACGAGGAAGAUAGAUUGAUUGGACAGCACCUUCGUGCAGUAAUACGACCAUAGUUUUGAUUCACGCUGUAGAAUUUAUCUCUUCUUCUGGAAUUUUUAGCUCUUCAAGAGAAACCUCCCAACUGUAUCACUCAGGUCCUUGCGGGUCGUCGCUGUUCUUCCGACCGGCGCGAUCCGUAUUUUAUCGCGGAACAAAUGGGAAUCUUCGAGUUCGUGGAGGACCCGUACGCGGGCAUGUGGCGGCGCAUGAUCAAGGUGAUGUUCUCCAACAUUGAUAGCAGCAACAUCGGCGAGGUGCCGCUGAUCUCCUCCCCGACAAACAAGCACGCCGCACCGAAAAAGGAAAUGCCCCUGUUCCGCCGGGACAGUCGCGGGGACCUCCGAGUCUCGGGGGCGCACAAGGGCACCCUGCGACAGACCGGGUCUUGGUACUUUCUGUACCAGUUGGGCGAGGACGACCGCCCCGACCCGAGCACCCGGCGGGCCCGCCACCUGCGGCAGACGGAGCAGCGCCGGGAUCGCAACUGGAGCAAGGACUGCUCCCCGGACCACCGCCGGUCGCGGGACAUGCGGCUGCAGAUCGAAACCGCGGACGGGCAGGACGCGAACUCGCUAUUAGACGACAGUAACGAGGGUGGUUCCCGGUCCGGCUCCGCGGGCAGCAAGGGACCAGCCGCGUCGCAGGAGCAGGAUGACGGCGAGAAGGACCUGACCCAGGAACUGGUGUUGCAACUGAGCAAUCAGUUUGUCGAGGGCGAGAAAGAGGAGGACUUCUUGCAAGGUGAACUGCACGGCGGCAAUAUCCUGUGUAAAAACGUCCCCACCCCAGAGUUGUCAUGCAAAUCUGCAUGCUCGAAAUGUUUGUCAUGCGGAGCCCUAUGAGAAGCAUUUUCCAGCCGUGUUUUGGAAUUUAUAAUGCGCCAAUCAGCAUGAUAUACUAGAUCUGCGAUGCUGCUGAACUACCUCAAACAGCACGACACUGCGAGUCCAAAUUUGUCAUGCAAAACAGCCAAAACUUGUGGACUUGUCUAGCCGAUUCCCCGUCUUGACUAUGGGGUGGGGACGUUUUUACAUAGGAUACGCAACCGACCGCGCGGGUUGUCGAACACCAUAUCCAUGCCCAACUGCGCCAUAUCCCCGAGCUCGCGCGUAUGGAUGUGUCAGAAUCGAAAAUGACAAAGUCGAAAAAUUUGUGAUGCACAAAAUCGAUGUCAGUUGGAGCCUCAGUUUCCAAGAGGCGCAUGACAAAUUUGGGUAGAGCCGAAAUCCAGCCUGUCAUGCUGUUUGGGCAAAGAAGACUCCUCCUGUCAUGCUACUCUGGCAGCGCAUUGCAUACCCCUAAACAAGAUUACAAUCGGCCUCAUUUGCCUGCUCCCCAAUACAGGCCGGCAGUGCCCUCUAUUUUAUGCAUCACAAAUUUUUCGAUUUUGUCGAUUUCGAUCCUGACACAUCCAUAGCGCGACGUUUUGCGGUCCCGGGAAGACCAACUGCGGAGGAGCAGCCAGACUUCGACCUCACCUGCCGAGCAGAGCAACGGCGCAAUAUUAAAGGCCUCGCAAAUGAGUCCGAACUCUGGUACGCCGAACAAAGGUAGCAGUCCGGGCAGGAGUGCGGGUGGAAAUAAACAUGCGGGAACAAAUAGUGGCGGAGGUGGUGGACCCCCGGAAGCCUUGCAGGCAAAGCAAUCUUCCUACUAGGAGUUCUGCAAGUUGACGACAGUGCUACGACCAUCCCGGGUGAUGAUCGCUGGGUUUGUUUCGUUUUGCCCCUGUUGUUGCGAACGAUGAAAUCAUCGCUGUGCUAUUCAGCUGGAUGUUGGUGAUCUCAUAGUACUUGUCGUAGCCCGGACGCGGAAACCGGUUCUGUGGCUUGGUCAUCUGCUGCGGACUACUACAGUGUGUGCAACGAGAGGAGCUGCGCAAGAACCGGUUGCUUACAAAGCGGGAAGAUGACAAAUGAACUUCAUCAUGUUCUACUACCAAAUCGAUCGGGUAGUUUUGAGCGAUGCUUUUAUUUUCCGAAGCUGGUACUAGUUCGAGUCAUCUCAACAGCUGCGAGGCUUCUAUAUGUAAAAACAUUCUGAUAAGAAGGAAACAUAGAGAAUAUCGAAAUAUGAGUCACGACAUGAACAUAUUGCUCGCUCAAAAAUUCGCAUAUCUUCCCCUGUAGAAGUUGUCGGAAAAUAAACUACGCACUUUUUAUGGGCGGAAUAGAUCUUUGUCUUUUUGGCUCCCUCGAUUAACAUUCCUCAUCCACCGUCGCUUGCGCACCUGGCUACCCUCUGAACGAUCAUCCCACCGCCCUGUCGAGUGGUUCACCUCCACAGCCCUUGCACAAUUGCUCAUAGAUUCCUGCUUCGGACGCCAGAUUUUGCGGGUAAUAUUGGUUCUCCUACCCAAAAAAGGAAUAAUGUUUUGUAUACCUGUGACACUGUACUUGAUAU